UCCCCAUUCAUCUCCACAACCCAACCCCACCUUCUCUCUCUCUCUCUCUCUCUCUCUCUCUCUGUGAGGCUUUCUUACACAGGUAUGCAACAAGCAAUUCCUUGCCGGUCGUCAUGGCGACCCCUUCUUCCCCACCAUUCCCAUUUCAACCCGACCAGCACAUCGUCCUCUGUUUCUGCACUGAACAGAGGAAGUUCAGAGGGAAUGGUGAAGAACAUGGUGUCGGAGAACGCGGUGAUAGUGUUCGCGAGGCGUGGAUGCUGUAUGAGCCACGUCGUCAAGCGCUUGCUUCUUGGUCUGGGCGUGAAUCCGGCGGUGUAUGAGGUGGACGAGGAAGAUGAGGUGGGUGUUGUUACGGAGCUCCAAGAGACUAGUGAUCGGGAACAGGGGAAGGUGCAGUUCCCGGCGGUGUUUAUCGGUGGCAAGUUGUUCGGAGGGUUAGAUCGGCUCAUGGCCACGCAUAUCUCCGGUGAAUUGGUUCCCAUCCUGAAAGAUGCAGGCGCUUUGUGGCUUUGACUUGUCAUUUUAGUUUUCUCUGUGGUUUUCCUCUCUGUGGAGGACAGGUCAUAAAGAUUAAAAAAUGCAGAGUUAACUUUUACCAAUUUUCUUGACUUUGCUUAUAAUUUUAAUAUAGCUGUUUCAGUUUACAAAUUUGUAAUUAAUUAGUGGAGUUGUUAUCUAAACGUUCUGAUUUAGUCA